CAUCGAGCCGGUCUGGCAAUCACAGUGAGGGAAAUACGAAAAUCACGAUAGAGUAGUGUCGAGUGGCAGCCGUACUACACACAUUUCAUUUUACUUAAAUGAAACGACGAUGCACGCGGCCACCAACUUGAGCGUAUGAUCGGCUGUUGAGUGGACCCUAAGGUAACGACAGACCAGACUGGCCGCCUGAUCUCGCCGGUAUGAAGUCACAAAUAGUACCGUUUAUACUGUGCUUGUCCUGUGUUGUGCUUUGGCAUCAUGUCAUAUUUGGAGAGUACCGAGAGUAUGUGACACGGCAGACCCUAUACGGAACGAUCCGGGGGGUCGUUACCAACCGCCUCGUGGGCGAACACGUGGAACAAUACCUGGGUGUGCCCUUUGCGGCCCCACCUAAACACAGCCUGCGGUUUGAGCGUCCUCAGCGGCCCCGUCCCUGGAAGAGUGUUCUUGACACUCUUGAGCUUCCUCCUGCCUGUCCACAGAUGCACGACUUCCAAUAUGUCCACCAACAUUAUCCCGACUUCUGGAACGAGGACGAGGACUGUCUCUACCUCAACAUCUUUGUUCCCUUGAAUACAUCUACGAAUAGUCCACUUCCGGUGCUGCUCUACAUACACGGAGGGUCAAAUGAGGUCGGGAUGGGCGGAAUGUUUGACGGGGAUAUUUUGGCAGGAUUCGGGGACAUCAUCGUCAUCAACUUCAAUUACAGACUCGGGGCCUUUGGCUUUUUUGGUGCGAAGGAGGAAGGUUUGGAGGGAAAUUAUGGCUUCCUCGACCAGGUGGCAGCCAUGAGAUGGGUCAAUGGCAACAUCCAUUUUUUUGGCGGGGAUCCUAAUCGCGUGACAAUAGAUGGUCACAGCGCAGGCGCAGCGGAUGUAGGAUUCCAUUUAAUUUCACCUCUUACAAAAGGUUUAUUCAAGUAUGCAGUUAUACAGAGUGGUUCUCCUUUGGCUUUCUGGGCUAUGGCGAAAUCGUCCUGGAAGAAGGGUUACAAUGUAAAUCUUACAUGUCAGGAUUACUGGUGCCCCUCGGGAUCUAACUCGGUCGAUUAUAAACAGUUUCUUAAGGAUCUACCCAUGACCCAAAUCAGAUUCAUACCAGGAAGGACGACAGCCAGUAACCUAAUAACCUUUCCCGCCGUUGUUGACGGCUACUAUCUGAAGGAACGACCGGAAAUGACGUUCCAGACUGGCAGAUUUCAUGGCGAGGCCUAUCUUAUGUCUUUUACCAGAGACGAAGGCUCAGAACAUGCUGAAGUGCUCCUGGAACAAUACGAGAAAAAAGAAGAAUUUUCACAAGAAAUGUUUAAGAAAGUCUUACAAUUGUACAAAUCAGCAUUCCCUAACGUAUGCGGCCUAACAGAAUUGAUUCUGCACGAGUACUCGAAUUGGGACUAUCUUCGCAGAGACAAUGAGUCGCUCCUGAACUUUAUCGAGAUGGAGAGCGACCUCGUAUUUGUCGCCCCGAUGAUCAACAUGGCUAACAUGAUGGCCGAAUGGACAAGACGUCUGUAUCUCUUCAGUUUUGAGCAUACAUCGCAUCUCGCUCCAGGGCCAAAAUGGAAGGGUGUCCCGCACGGUCGUGACCUGUUUUACCUAUUCGGUGCUCCCCUGGUCGGACACCCUCUUUACACUUAUAGCGAGACAGACAAACAGGCCAGUCGAACAGUGAUGACGCUAUGGAGCAACUUCGUAAAGCAUGGAUUCCUGACCCUGGACGGGGAGACCCCCUACCUAAUCUACAACACGUCCACCCGGUCCAUCAAUCGCCUCCUACUGGACGAGGAAAAACUUAACAUCCAGGCCCACCCCAACUUCAAGCCGAGAAAGAUGGCGUUUUGGAACACAUUUCUACCUCUGAUGGACGAAUCAGGCUGUAUCUGUUCCGCCAGUAGCCUGUCUUUACAUAUACACAGCGUCCUCCUGGCAAUAUCCUUAGUAUUAGCUGUGUGCUGUACACGGAUUGGAUUAGAAAGUUGAUGAUUCAUGUGUGUUCCAUACUGUUGAAUAUUUUUAUAUAUAUUUCCACACACAUAAAAUACAUGUAAUUCAAUUAUUGAUAAUUUGGUGUCGCAGAAUACCAUUUGUGCAUCUUGUAUGGCCAUCAAGCUGGCAGACACUGUCCUGGAAUGCAAUAAAGAGUUGUUCUCGCAUCGCAAACUGACCAGAAAUGUCCGGUCCAUCAUUGUCCAAGCUGUCUGCUUGUCACUGUAAUAAUGUAUACAGCCUAGACACUAUGUCGUUCCCGGAUAGAAAUGGUGAGCCGUUUUACCAUCCAGACAGUCUAAUCGUGUAGAUGGUGGGUCGUUACCGUGCUGCUGCCUCUGAUGUUAAUUGACUAGGUAUAGGAGACAUGUUGUACAUGUGAUGGUGUCAUUUAACCGAUAUAAUGUGUAUCUUUUAUUUGUCUGCGACAGUAAAACUACGGACACCGGGCAAAUAAAAAAUGUCAGUCAUGUUAGAUACAGGCUCUGCUGUUCCGGGAAAAUAUUAUCCUACCAAGAACUGAACAAAGUGAUUUUUUGUUCAAGUAAUUAGGAUACUGCGUGAUUCCGGAUGAACGGAAAUGUGUCAACUUCUCGCCAGAAAAGUGACCUGACAUUAUUUGCGAGAUUUUAAAUAGUAAAAUUCCCAAAUAUUGCGCUUUGUCAGUCGUCAUCAACAUAACAUUAUAACGGGUAAGCAAGGUCGUAAUGAAGCUUGGCAAAUGUUCUCGAUGUCCAUUUUACAGUCCCUCUUUGCUUUCGAAACGUUUGUCUCUUAUAAAUUAGCCAUUUAUUUUUCAUUUCACUACUAUCGUAUUUGAUAUGAAGUGAAGAGGUUUAAGCAUUACUUGACCAUGAAAAUACUGUAAUUAUUUGUUUUCUAUAUUUCCUAUCACUAUUUGAGAAAACAAAUGUAAUGUCUUCUUGUUAAAAGUAUUAUUUAGUAUUGUCAAUGUAGUACUCCGUUGGUUUAUCUACACGGUUAAUCAGUCAAACAAAUCCAAAUAUCUCGCGGUUAUAUGCAUUCAGUCGUUAUAGAUCAAUGGACAUUAAGGAUCCCCGUACCACUACCAACAACUGUAUUUAUAGCAUUACUGCAGUUUUGAUAAAUCAUUUCAGAAAAGAAAACCAUACAUUGCAAGAGUUUUAUGUAAAAAUAAUAAAGGAAAAAAUAAACAAAACAUAAUCAACCACAGUAAUCUGAGUAUGAAGUUCAGCUGGUCUAGACCGCGUUUCGAACUUUGGGCCUCAGAUUGGUAAACUGUCGUUCUCACCGAGUUAGCUACCUGGUCAACGAAAGUGCCCUGGCCAACAAUGCUACAGUUAUAUCCUACACGAGUUUAAGGGGCCGCUUCUGUAUAUACGAAAAAACAACGGGCAGUGGGACAGCGAUCCUUAAAUUGAAGUUAUUCCAUUACGUGAGUUCAAAAUCCCCGUGAAUCAGUUGAUUUAUAAAACCAUCGAGAAAAAUGGAUUAAUUUACACAACCAUUUUCAUCUAAGUACCUUUUGAAUUCAAUUAAGAGGAUGUCAGUUCGUCUAGGAGAUGAUUUAAUCGUUGACAAAAUUUAAGCGUACAUUAUCGUUGACGAAAAAUCUACAUUGAGUAUUCUUAAAGUUGUGUUUGUUGUUUAGCUAUAAGUGUAUUGCUAUUGUUUAGAGAAUAUUUUUAUAAUGUAAAUCAUCUUUUAUAUAUGUUUUUUUUAUUUAU